ACCGGCCCUUCGCUGCCCGCAGCUAAGAUGGCGGCGUACGAGAAGCGGCGGGUGGCGGCGGGCAGCGGUCGGGCGGAGCAGGCGGGCGGCGCGCUGGGCAGCGAGGCCGAGUUCCUGCUGCGGGCCGGCGUCACCGCCAUGGUGCGGGAGGCGCUGCUGAAGGUGCUGGAGGCGCGGCCCGAGGAGCCGGUCUCCUUCCUGGCCGACUACUUCGAGCGGCUGGUGCUGGGCAGCCCCGGUGCGGCGGGAGAUGCCGCCGCCGAGCCCCCGGGGCCGCCGCAGCGCCUGGCGCGGGCGCUGUGGUACGUGGGCCUGGCUCACCACUCCCAUAGGACGGCCUUCGACAGCAACACCGGCGCGGCCUAUGAGGUGCUGGGCGGCGGCGGGCGGCGGCGGGCGGCGGGCGUGGACGGGCGGCUCUACAGCGAGCUGCUGCGGCGCAUCUGCCAGCGCGGGGAGGCGCCGGCCGAGGCGGCCGCGGCGCUGCUGCGGCGGGUGCGGUGUCGCGACCACGAGGCCGUCCCCUUCGAUGUGUUCCGCUACGGAGUCCUCACCUGCUUCGUGCUGCUGGAGUUCGCGGCCAAGGCGGACGCGCUCUUCGCUGUCCUGGACGGCGGCUCCGGCGCUGCGGACGCCAGCGUGUGCCAGGCGGUGCUGCGGGCGCUGGAGGAGGCGCUGGGCUCCGGUCACUUCACGCAGCCCCGGCGCUACCUAGAGGCUGGUUCCCGGUUGGGACCGGACGGGCUGGCCCUGGCCAUGGACCGGGCGCUGCAGGAGAGGAAGCUCAGCAGCUCCAUGAGCAGGGAGGAGUUCCUGAAGAAAGCCACUGCCUUGUUCGUUGCUAAAGUGAAGCCUGUUGAGUAACACCCGGGGUGGAGAAACCCCCCCUGAGUGCUCCGUCCUGACACCGAGGAGGCUCCGGACCCCGGUGCUGGGCUGGACAGUGAGCAUGGAGGGGAGAUUCCCAGUUUCCAUGCUCCCUUCCUUGUUGUGAGUGCAAUGGGCGCCUGGCCCCCUCCAGUGCCGGGUGCAUCCCAAUCUGCUGUGCCUCUCCUGGUCAUGGUGUCUCCGAUCCAGCUGCAUUAGUAGAUCUUUGUAGGUGUUAAGGGGGGGCCUCUGAGGAGCCUGUGAGCCGCGAGGCGCAGUAGCCAUUAAAAAUGAGCCAGAAUUGGGGCUGCACCUCGGCACAUGCCGCGGGCUCAUCCUCACCCCUUUGCAGCUUCAGUGGGGACCUUCGUGUCCACUUUUGGGUUUGUUUCGUACGCAGCAGUGAAGCGGGAGGUGACUCUUAUCGACCUCACAGACCCCUGAGAGGGUUCACAGGACCCAAAGCGGGAGAUAAAGUGUUGUUUUAUUAAGAAAAGUGGUUUAAAUGCGCAGCAGGGGAGGAGCAAAGCUCAGCCCUGAGCCGGAGGGAGCUUUGCUGGCAGCGAGGCAAUAAGAUAUCGCAGUGUUUGAGCUGGGUUGGGAAGAUCAAAGCUCAAACCUGAGCGAUGCUGCUGAGCUGGGACAUGGGUCAGGCCAAGACAACCCCCUGCCCUCAGGUUUGCUUUUGAACAGAGAACGCGUGUUGGACUGUGGGUUAUUUAUUUGAACUUGUCUGUGUUAUUUAUACCGUGCAAUUUUCGGUUUCCUCUUAAGACAUUAAAGCUUUCGACUGGUG